CAACACAAAGAACUGCAGUCUUAGAGAGAGAGAGGUAGGAAUAGAGAGAGAGAGAAAAUGGCAGCUUGGGCCCGGACAGCUGUGGUGGUGGUGGCCGCCUUGAUGUUUCCAGCAUUGGUUGAGUCUGUGGUUCGUCACUAUAAGUUCAGGGUGGUCUUGAAGAAUGCAACGAAGCUUUGCGCGACAAAGCCAAUUGUCACUGUCAAUGGGAAGUUCCCAGGGCCUACUCUCCAUGCAAGGGAGGACGAUACAGUGAUUGUGAGAGUCGUUAACCAUGUCCAAUACAACGUUACAAUCCAUUGGCAUGGAGUCCGCCAGCUUCGAACAGGUUGGUCAGAUGGACCAGCAUACAUCACCCAGUGCCCAAUUCAGACUGGCCAAAGCUAUAUCUACAACUUCACUCUCACAGGUCAAAGAGGUACACUUCUUUGGCAUGCCCAUAUCACCUGGCUAAGGGCAACCGUGCACGGUGCCAUUGUCAUCUUGCCCAAGUUGGGCGUGCCUUACCCCUUCCCCACACCUGAUAAGGAAGAAAUCAUCGUAUUUGGCGAAUGGUGGAAGACAGACAUUGAAACUAUGAUCAACAAGGUUAUGCAAGUCAGUUUAACACCAAAUGUAUCAGAUUCACACACCAUUAAUGGCUAUACAGGACCAGUUCCAAAUUGUUCUUCUAAGGGUUUCACUUUACAUGUCGAAAGUGGAAAAACCUACUUGCUACGGAUCAUCAAUGCAGCAGUGAAUGAUGAGCUCUUUUUCAAGGUUGCUGGCCAUCAGCUAACCGUUGUGGAAGUGGAUGCAACAUACACUAAGCCCUUUAAGACCGACACCAUCUUCAUUGGUCCAGGCCAAACCACAAACGCUCUUCUAACCGCGGAUCAAUACACUGGCAAGUACUUAAUAGCCAUCUCUCCUUUUAUGGACACAGUGGUAGCUGUUGACAACCUAACCGCGAUUGGUACCCUACGCUACAAAGGCACUCCUGCAUUUCCCCCAAUCACCCUCACCAGCAUUCCUCCUCAGAAUGCAACCCCUAUAACGAAUACCUUCAUGGACCGACUCAGAUCCCUCAAUUCAGACCAAUACCCUGCCAAUGUCCCAUUGACCAUUGAUCACUCACUGCUGUUCACAAUAGGUGUUGGUGUCAACCCUUGUGCUACGUGUGUAAAUGGAAGCCGAGUCGUGGCAGGUAUCAACAAUGUCACCUUUGUGAUGCCAACCACAGCUCUCCUUCAAGCACAUUACUACAGCAUAAGUGGGGUUUUCACUGUUGAUUUUCCCGGAAACCCUCUAAUCCCUUUUAAUUAUACUGGCACCCCACCGGCCAAUUUGCAGACUAUGAAUGGCACAAAGGCGUACAGACUGAAAUAUAAUUCUACAGUUCAAAUUGUGCUUCAAGGUACUUCUUUCAUAGCACCAGAGAGCCAUCCAAUCCACUUGCAUGGAUAUAAUUUCUACGUAGUUGGGAAAGGCGUAGGCAAUUUUGAUCCAAACAAUGAUCCAAAGAAUUUUAAUCUUGUUGAUCCUGUGGAGAGGAACACAAUAAGUGUACCAACUGCAGGGUGGACUGCAAUCAGAUUCAACGCAGACAAUCCAGGCAUUUGGUUUUUGCACUGUCACUUGGAAGUGCACACAACCUGGGGACUUAAGAUGGUGUUUCUGGUGGACAAUGGCAAUGGUCCGAAUGAGUCAAUCCUACCGCCUCCAUCUGACCUUCCAACGUGCUGAAUGAAUCCGAGCAGCUUACCAUCACAGUUUUAAGGGAUGAUAGCGACACUAGGAGAGAGCGCGGUGACUGAAGAUGCACAAAUUAAUGCAAUAAAAGACUGAGGAGGAGAAAUGAUUGAUUGUUUCGGAGAUAUGAUCAAUAAACUUGGACAGAUAGUUAUGUAUAUAAGUUUAAUUUUGCUUGUGGUUUUGUGCACCGUGUGUAUAUAAAUUAUGCAUGUAAUUCUUAGAUUUCCAAAAGGGUUGUGAUCAAUACAAGGGUUUG